GUAGCUGAUCGGCGCUGCUUGCACUUCUGCGACAAGGCAAUGUCAUAGUUAACAUUAGCUAGCUACGUGUAGGUAGGCAGCAAGCUGGGUUACUCAACAUUACAUUUCGCAAAAUUGCACUUAACGUUAGCCAGCUAGAACGGACUGGCCAGUUCAUGACCCAUUCUUAUGUUGUGGACAUCGUUGAAGGGAGACUUUCUAGGCACCUCGGAAUAAGGAUUUUUUUUGCUAAUAUAUCAAGAUGAAUGAGACCGAUGGAGUCAGGUUCAGGAGGUUAAACAGACCUCAGGUCAUAACAGACGAGUCACCAGAACCUCAGUACAAGGGCACAAGCACCUACAGUGGGAAGGUUUUCCGAGUGACACUGCUGACAUUGGGGUCCUUAAUGCUGUUUCCUUUGCUCGGUGUUAUCCUUCUCCUGGAGUCUCCUAUCCAACCAGACGCUGUUAGCCUUGGUGAACCACCGCUGAUGACAGGCUGCUUUGAGCCCAACUUCAAGCUGAGGCAGGCAGUGAGGCUGUUUGAAGAUCAGCUUGUAGGGCCCGAGUCCAUUGCAAACAUUGGAGACGUGCUGUACACAGGCACCGCCGAUGGGAAGAUAGUGAGGAUCGAAGGCAAGAGCAUUCAUGUCGUGGCGACUCUCGGACGGCCACCCUGUGGGUCCAGAGAUGAUGAGCCCACCUGCGGCCGGCCCCUUGGGAUUCGGGUGGGACCCAAUGGCACACUCUUUGUUGCAGACGCAUACCUAGGGCUGUUUGAGGUCAACCCCACCACAGGGGAAGCAGACCACCUGGUGUCGACGAGGCAGCUGGUGGGUGGGCGAAGGCUGUCCUUCGUGAACGACCUGGACGUGACACAGGACGGACGGAAGGUGUACUUCACAGACUCCAGCAGCAGGUGGCAGCGCAGGGACUAUCUGCACCUCAUUAUGGAGGCGACGGCUGACGGACGUGUCCUGGAGUAUGACACCGUGACCAGGGAGGUCUCUGUGCUGAUGGACGGCCUGCGAUUUGCCAACGGGAUCGUGCUGUGUCCCGACGAGGAGUCUGUGCUGGUGGCAGAGACCACCAUGGCGAGGAUACGCAGAAUUCACGUGUCGGGGCUGAACAAAGGGGGCAUGGACACCUUCGUGGACAACCUGCCCGGUUUCCCUGACAACAUCCGACGCAGCAGCUCGGGCGGGUACUGGGUGGCCAUGUCGGCGGUGCGACCCAACCCGGGUUUCUCCAUGCUCGACUUCCUGUCUCAGAAGCCCUGGAUUAAGAAGCUCAUCUUCAAGCUCCUGAGCGCGGAGGUGGUGCUGAAGUUCGUGCCGCGGUACAGCCUGGUCCUGGAGCUGCGGGAGGGCGGCUCGUGUGCGCGGAGCUUCCACGACCCCCACGGCAUGGUGGCCGCCUACAUCAGCGAGGCCCACGAGCACGAUGGACACCUCUUCCUGGGGUCCUUCCGCUCGCCCUUCCUGUGCAAGCUUGACCUCAGCCAGGUGUGAGCUCCACCCCCGCUGCCACGUCCACUGCCCAACCCACUGCCCCGCCUUGCAAAGCCCCAGUCCCCCCCCCCCCUCACCCACACACCCGUCCCCGCUCCCUCAUCCAAUCGGACAGUGCGUGGUGUACUGUUGUUCUGUUCCCCUAAGGAGACAAUGCAACAGGAUCGGCUUCACUGAUAUUUACUGCAUUGCAUUGUUACUUAUUAUGUUUUUUGGCUGGACCGCAACAGUGGUCAACGUGAAUGUCUGUGACUGACCGACUGACUGAGUUAUGAAGUUACACCAUUGGUAGGGCGGAUCACGUGUGUUAGGUCCAGCCAUAUACUAGGUUUUAACCUGGUCUUGUUUGACUGGAAGCAGAAUCUGCACAGUGAUUGCAGUGCAGGUUGAUGUCAUGGCAAGUGUGGUUUUUAGCACUUAACUAACCGUAGGGCUUUAGUAAAAAAAAAAAAAAAAGCUACUGAGUUUAUCUUCUAAAGUUUGAAACUUUGUAGAGGACUAAAGCAGUCAGCACUUUAUCUUGUCUUCCAGGCCUAGAUGGAUGGAGGCCUUGAUCUCGGCAAAUUUCCCAUAAAAUUGGUUUGUGAUAAAGUUUACAGUUCAUUUUAUGUCCCUUGCCCGUAACCUGCCGGUACCUCCCCGAACUGGACUGCAUAGGGCUGCAUUUUUGGAACAAGGUGCCAAAACCCUUUUUUUUUUUUGCUUGCAUUUGCACUGUUAUUUCUAAAAUAGGGCUCCAAACCAUUUUUAUUUUCAAUAUUUUGGAGGAUAAACAAUUACUAUCCCUGUGUAAUACACUUGAUUGUAAGUAAUUCCAAGCACAGGCAUGAAGAACUAUUCUGAAAGCAGAUUUAAUCUUCCAGUUAAUGACCAACGUUCCAUUUUCAGCUGUGUAGCCAAUAUUUGCGGUUACACAUCGACCAUGGAUGGAAUUUAAAACCUGUGCUUUUUCAUGCUGUUUGCUUCUUUAUAGUCGUUUAUUUCACCGGUUUCGCUUUAUGACUACUGAAUAUGCCUCAUGAUGCACUGUAGGGGUGCUCAGCGCAGACGAAUACAUAUUUGUUUUGGAUUCAAAUACUUUUAUACGCUUUACUGAUCUUGUCUGGAACCAAUGAAAUACUCUCAAGAAAUGCAAACCCCACCUUCUAUUCAUAUUGGCAGACUCAGUUACACCAGGCAAGAUCAAUAGAGCACAGAAAAAUAUUUGAAUCCAAAACAAAUACGUAUUUGACCCAGGUCUAUUUCAGCGUAGCACUGACAUUUCUGCUUCUAGAUAGAAGGGUUGCUUUUGCCGGCCCAAUCUGUGGCUAGUAGCAAUGUUUCUCUAGUCUUCCUUUUAGUGAACAGACAAUCUCAAGUCACACAGGUAACGGCAAUGAGGAAGUGCCAUCGUUGGGCGAACAAAAAGUUAAAUUGGUGAUGUUAUUCCGAUUGAUAUCUGUGUGAAAUCUGUUACCUUUCUUUAAAAAAUGUUGAUGUCCAUAAUUUUGUAUGUUUUAAAUGUUUAUCUUGAACAAAAUGUUUUCUGUCAGUGUGCAUCGUCGUGGUGAGGACAUCAAAUUUGUAAUUUGAAACUAAUAUUGGGUUCAGUCAGCCUCACACAUAAUUAGGCAGGUUCUAUGGGAGUUUUUUGUCGAAAUAUCUUAACGUAAGGUAUUGAGGUAUUUAGAAAUGAUAUGAUUAUCAGUGAGAAUCUUUAUAAAACAGUUCAUGCACAUGGCAUGUAAAUCACGUAAUUCAGAUUUUAAAUGAAUAUUUAACAAAACGAGAUGGUCUUCAUUUGGUCAAUGUAUUUUAAACUGAAAGGUGGUUGGCUAAGAAAUUUUACUGGUUAAAAAUGAAAUGCUAGGGCCGUCUGGGUAGUGUAGAGGUAAAAGUACUCGCCUACCACCGCAGAAAUCGUUGCAUUAGCGGCUCCUACUGGUUGGUCAGGGCGUCUGUUCAGCGGGGAGGGGAUCUGGGGGAGAUAGCGUGAACUUCCGCACGUGUUACGCUCUCCCAGUGAAACUCCUCGCUGUCAGGUGAAAAGAAGCGGCUGGCGACUCCACAUGUAUCAGAGGAGGCAUGUGGUAGUCUAUACCCUCCCCAGACCAACAGAAGGAUAGCGCAUCGACCAGGACCAUGAUACACAUGGGGUAUUGGUAUAACGACUAAAUUGGGGAGAAAAUGGGAGAAAAAUGGCAAAAAAAAAAAAAAAAUGAAAUGCUACUUUGCAAUGUAAAGCAAAUUUCAAAAUGGCACUUGGUCACAGUAUUACAAAAAAAAACAUACUUUAGUUUUGCCCUAUUUGGAAAUGCUACAGAUAACAUACGUUGUGUACAUAUAAUUUUUUUUAUCCUGAAAUUGACCAAUGAUAUUCAUUAGAUUUUUCUCUUUUUUUUCCCCCCCCCAUUCGUCGGCGUGCCGUGAAAAUCCCAUGUUACUACAGACAAUAACUCGUGAUUCACAUUUUAAAAGUGAGAAUUAAACGGAAUCGAGCCACACUUUCAGCGAUGAGGACCAGAAUAUCCCGUCUUGCUCUGGAACUGCACCUUGGGUCCGUAUAAAAAUCAGAUGGCUCUAAAGGAGCAGCGUGAUGAAAAGAAAACAACGAUCAUUUCAAGCGUGCAAUAAAGCGCGCAUUUUAAUGCGUCUUCCGGCACGUUGGCAGAUGUGUAUAUUUAGUAACUGCUGUAGAAGCAGUCUAAGCUGAGCUGUGGCGUGAGGAUCUGCUGUCCCUUCUACAGACUACUGCCGACCAUCCAUCUUCGGCCUUGCAGCAGUCUUGAACCAUCCACAGCCAGCAUGAACAUAAUUUUUCGCAGGGAACAUGGAGACUAGCAAUAGAGGAGGAUGGGCUCCCCUUGUUGAGUCUGGUUCCUCCCAAAGUUUCCUCCAAUAUGCUCUCCAGAGAGUCUUGCCUUCCAGUGUUGCCCUUGGCUUUGUAAGGGUCUAAGCAGGCCUAUAUUGUGAAGUGCAUUGUGACAGAUUAUUUGUGAAAAUGUGGUAUAGCUAUAAAUAAAAUUCGAUUUGAUUUAGUACUUGCAGCUGGCUUGCCUAGCUUGCCAAUGGUGACCUGGUAGCUUGCUAGCAAGAGCUGUGUUUUUUUUCUUCUGAAUGUUAGCAAUGAAAUAGUUGAGGCUGGUAGAGCUAUGAUAGAGAUGCCUGCUCCCACAGCUUUACCUUUUGCAGUGUCUCGCAUGUUUAUGGCUAUGUUGCUCAGUUAGAGGCUGUUAUUAAAUUUAGUUGUGUGUAUAAUGGCAAAUCAUUUGUAACAGCUAUAUUAGUGUUGUUUGCUACAGCUAACAGUUUUAAAAAGGGAUCAUCUCCUGUUACACAUCAUGAUUAAUGAUAUGCCGGUGUGAAACCAUGGGUGUAGUGUUUUGAAAUAACAACAGUUGCAAUUCCCGUGAACUUUAGGUAAGAACUUCCAUUUUCUCUCAUUUAGGCAACUUCUGGUUUAAGCCAGACUCCACUUUACUCUUUCUCUCGGGAUGCAGAUGCAGAUCAUGUGGUUUGUUGAACAGAACUGUGCAGAUAAUGUCCUCAGUUAGGGUAGUCUCUCUAGUUUCUUCUGCAUGUCACGACUGGCACCUACCAGUUAUGUUCAAUAUGUCACCCUCUCCUGUCACCCCCCCCCCCACCCCCCCACCGCCCCCCCAUUGUGGUUUGAAACUGACUUGCUAUUGGGCAAUUGUGGCCACUUGUGUGCCUUGGAUUAAACUUUGUUAUUCCUUAAAUAUUCCCAGUUAGAUGUCAUAAUCAAGUUACCACAUAUCCAAAAAUUAUCCAUCUGGAAUGACUGCGUAUUGGGGAAUCCAUUACUGGAAAGGUAAUUGCAUUGCAAGAUCUUGGUUUGGUGAUCUGUUCAAUUCAUGUUCCCCAUGAAAACACAGAAUCGAUUUAUGCUUUUGAAAGUAACUGCCAUUGAUCUGCUGUGAGCUGAACAUUGAUUUAUGGGGUCGUGAGACCGCAGUGAGGAUAUUGAGUAAUGGAGAGGUGUUCCAGGUGUGACCAUACUGCCUGUAGUCACUGUUCAGUCUCUGAUCUGUUUUUGGUUUGACGUUGAUUAACUUCACACACCAGUAAAAAAUCAUUGUCAUUAAAAAAUUAUGGACAGAGCAGUGCUCAAAUAAACAUUUUUUAAAGGCGA